AUGGAGGAGAAGAAGAACCAAGGAAAUGGUAGCUGGGAACAAGAAAUCUUACAGUUGGUUAGUAAUCCUCCGUUGUCGAUGGAAAGAAGGAUUUCCGGAGAUGAAAGCAAUGCUCUCGUAAUGCGUUCAACGGGUAGAAGGCAAACAGAUGUUCGGAAAAAUGGUUAUAAAGGGAACUUUCUUCAUUUAGUUUUGGCAACUAUGCUUGAUGUAUUUGGAGAUAGUGUACAAGAUGGCUGCCAGAAAAAGGCAAUUCUACAACAAUUAUUUAUACGGUCUGGAUGGGUUCCCGCCAUAUUUAUGUCUGACAGUUAUGUGCCUCUUCGAAACUCCAUCAGAAAUAUGUUGAAUUCUUGUUUCCCAGCGAUAGUUGAAGCAGUGCCCACAGUUGAUCAGUCGUUAGCACUCAGUUUUCAUUUGUGCUCUUUUGUUCUGGCUACGGAAAUAAGAUUUUCGCCGUUGGCUACCAGUCGAUAUAAAGCCGAUUUCAGAGAACUUGAACUUAUUGGGAAAGGAGGCUUUGGGAAGGUGUAUAAGGUUCAGUCUCGAAUUGAUAAUCGUCAGUAUGCAGUUAAAAAAAUUUCGUUCCUUCUUAGGAAGGAAGAACCUAUGAUUAAGGCUAUUAGUGAGGUUCGUACUCUAGCAUCUUUACAACAUAAGAAUAUUGUCCGUUAUUUUUGCGCAUGGGCGGAGCUAGAUCUUGAAGGAAGUGCUGGGGAACGCCACUUGCAGAUCAAGGAAGUGGGGACAACUGACUCUUCAAGUGUUCAUGUGUCACCGCCAGAUGAGAUCCAAGAGGGUGAUGAUGACGUUUCGGCUCAUGGUGAAAGCUUUCUCGUUCCUGUCUCAAAUAAUCCUUUGAAAGAGGGACGAUUUUGGAACACUAGUGACGAUGAAUCAAAUUCUGUUGAAGAUUGUAACAAAUCUAGUAGUUCUUCAAGCACCUCUUCUGCUGUUUCCUCUGCAGAUUCUAAAGCUUGUGUCGUUUAUCGUUCAGAGGUUAUUCCAAGAGUCACAGUUUACGUGCAAAUGGAGCUUUGCACACGAACCCUUGAUGACUAUUUCAAGGCGCGCAGGGAAGUUGAUCAGGCUUUUAACGAAAAUGUGAUCAGUCAUUUAGCCUCAGCCUUGACAUACAUCCACAAACAAAAUAUCAUUCAUCGAGAUAUUAAGCCAUGUAACCUGUUCUUAUGUGAUCGCAGCCCAGACUAUCCUCGCGUACUGCUCGGAGACUUUGGAUUGGCUUGUCGUGAUACUAACAUUGAUGAAGGUUAUGAAACAAAACAAAUAGACAGAUGUUCGACAAAGUAUCAUAGUGCAAAUGUAGGGACUGUUAUGUAUUCCGCUCCAGAGCAGUCGUCUUCGUGUUAUGAUACAUCAGUCGAUAUCUACAGCGCAGGCAUUGUUGCGUUUGAGCUUUAUUGUAUGACCAACACAGUUAUGGAAAGGAAUAAGAAAAUUGAUAGUUUGCGAAAAGGCAUUAUUCCUCAGGAUUUUCAGGACAAAUGGCCUCUUGAGGCAGGGCUUAUUCGAUCUAUGUGUGAAUGGGACCCUUCAAAACGACCGCGUGCUUUUGAAGUAGCUGAUUACUUGAAGUCUUUUGUGAAACAAAGCACUGAAAUGAUGAAGGAAAAGAUUGCAGCGGAUAGAAAAUUGAUUAUAGAAUUGAGAGAAAAAAUUGCUUUUUUAGAAGCAGAGCUGAAGCGUUUGAAACUAGAAAAGGAAAUAAAUUCUUGA